AUGUUCGCGGUUCUGGCGCUGCUGUCGCUCGCUGGCGUGCUCGCCGCCGGCCUGGCCCUUGCGUCCGCGCGGCGUUCGCCCGCCCGCGCUUCGCGUCGCACGCAGUCCCUGCUGCCGCUCCUCCACCCGUCGGACGCGCCGCUGGGCUCGCCUCCGCUGGACUCGCCGCCGCCGUCGCCAACUGGCUUCGGCCCGCUCGGCUCCUCAUCCGCGCUCUCAGAUGACUUGCGCUGGCGGAUUGUGUACAAGCGCCUCGUCUUUGACAUGACCUUCGCCGAGAUCGCGGACGACCUCCUCGUCUCAGAGAGUUCGGCGUGCGAGAUCUGGAGACGCUUCGAGACGCCGCCGCACGACAUCUCUUCGCACCAGGGCGAGCGGCUGAGCCCGGCAAUCGUGCCGCCCGAGUUGCAUCCGCAACUUCUGGACUGCCUGACCCAGUGCAACAUGGAGGAUAGCCUGAGCGACAUCUGCAGUGCCUUCUACAACGUGACCGGCAUCCGCAUGAGCAUCCCGACGAUGUGCCAGACGCUGAAGCGGAUGGGCAUGACGCGCAAGCGGGCGCGCUAUCCCUCACCUCCUCACCAGAGACUCUCCCUGCUGGUCGAGGCGUACGACGCGCGAAAGGCGCAAGACUUUGUGACCCACAUUCUCAACAACUACAACCUCGAGCAGCUCAUCUGGAUCGACGAGUCGGCUGUGGACAAGCGGCUGCUCAACAAGCGCUACGGCUAUGCGCUGCGCGGCCUGCGGGCCGACUCGAGCCGAGGCAUCCUCGCGCGGGGCAAGCGCCACUCGAUGCUGGGCUUCUUCGACGUCAACGUGGGCCACGUGGGCCACGUCACGGUCGAGGGGGGCUUUGACUCGGAGGCGUUUGCAUCCGCGUGCACCGACCACUUGAUGCCGGUGAUGAGCAAGUUCACGCAGUGCUUUGGCAUGGAGCAGCGAUCGGUCGUCAUCAUGGACAACUGCGGCAUCCACCGAAACCAGCAGCUUCUGAACCUCUUCCACUCUCGCGGCUUCGUGGUCGAGUUCUUGCCCCCCUACAGCCCCAACGUCGCACCCCAUGAGAAGUGCAUCCGGCAGGUGAAGGACUCAGUGCGCGACUUUGAGAAGCAGCUGCGCGACGUCGACGCCCCGACGCUGAUCGACUUUGGAUGCUCGACCGUCACCGCCGAGGUCAUGCGCUCGGCGCUGCGUGAGUGUGGCUAUGUUUAA